AUGUCUUAUUCAACGACCGGGCCUCCUACCGUGUUCAAUGGAACAGAUGAGGAACUGGGUGGUGACUCCACCACCGAGAACCUCAACCAAUGGUACCAAUCCGGUGACCAGGCUUACAUCCUCCUCAGCGCCGCCCUGGUGAUGCUGAUGAUUCCCGGAAUCGCCUUCCUCUACUCCGGUCUCGCCCGCAGAAAGUCCGCCCUCUCCAUGCUCUGGGUGGUCAUGAUGUCCUUCAGCGUCAUCGUCUUCCAGUGGUACUUCUGGGGCUACUCCCUGGCCUUCAGCACGACCUCGAACAACCCCUUCAUCGGCGACCUCCACAACUUCGGCCUCAUGAGAGUCUGGGGCGCUCCCUCCCAGGGCUCCCCCCUCGUCCCCGCCCUUCUCUACUCCUUCUACCAGAUGAUGUUCUGCGGCGUCACCGCUGCCCUCACCAUCGGGGCCGUCGCCGAGCGCGGCCGCGUCAUCCCCGCCAUGGUCUUCAUCUUCUGCUGGGCCACCAUCGUCUACUGCCCCCUCGCCUACUGGGUCUGGAACGCCAACGGCUGGGGCUUCACCCACGGCGUCAUCGACUACGCCGGCGGCGUCCCCGUCGAGAUCGGCUCCGGAAUGUCCGCCUUCGCCUACUCCUGGGUCCUCGGCCGCCGCAACGAGAAGAUGAUGAUGAACUUCCGCCCCCACAACAUCUCCCUCAUCACCCUCGGCACCAUCCUCCUCUUCUUCGGGUGGCUGGGCUUCAACGGCGGCUCUGCCUUCGGCGCCAACCUCCGUGCCGCCAUGGCCUGCUGGAACUCCUGCCUGACUGGAAUGUUCGCCGCCGCCACCUGGUGUAUCCUCGAUUACCGCCUCGCUAAGAAGUGGUCCAUGGUCGGCUGGUGCUCCGGUGCCAUUUCUGGCCUCGUCGCUGCCACUCCUGCCUCUGGUUUCAUCGACCCCUGGGCCAGCAUCAUCCUCGGAGUUGUUGCUGGUGUCUGUUGCAACUUUGGCACAAAGAUCAAGUUCCUCGUCGGCAUUGACGACUCCCUCGAUGUCUUCGCCGAGCACGGCAUCGGCGGAAUCGUCGGCCUCCUCUUCAACGCCUUCUUCGCCAGCGGCGGCAUCAUCGGCCUCGACGGCGUCAACACGGGCGCCUCGGGCGGCUUCCUCGACAAGAACUUCGUCUCCAUCGGCUGGCAGAUCGCCGCCAUCGUCGCCUCGUGCGCCUACGCCUUCGUCGUCUCCGCCAUCCUCGCCAAGGGCAUCGACCUCAUCCCCGGGCUCAAGCUCCGCGCCUCCGAGGAGGCCGAGCUCCUCGGCAUGGACGACGACCAGCACGGCGAGUUCUCCUACGACUACGUCGAGGUCCGCCGCGACUUCCUCGCUUGGAGCCCUGCCCGCGACGACCCGGCCCCCGAGGGCCACGGCAUCGAGCCCACCCACGGCAUCCAGGAGCACGCCAACCUGACCACCCCGCCCAGCUCAGCAGGCGGCGACAAGAAGGACGCCGAGCCCGUGGCUGUAGAUGCUACCAAUGGCUCUUCUGAGAAUGAGAAGCAGAACUAA